GCAGGGCAUUUAAUUAACGCAAAUUCAUGAAAUUUACAAAUUUUAUGCAUCAAGAUAUUCUCUUUUUUGAACAACUUAGGGUUGUACAGGGUUUGAACUAGAAAUAUAAGUUAUUCGUGCCUUGUUCGUAGUAACUUUAGUGUGACAGUCAUUAUAAGAAAAAGGUGAUUAAAUGAUUGAUGCAAAAAUAAAAUUAGGAAUUUUACUAUUUUUUUCCUGCAAUGACUUGUGAAGAUGGCAUUUUAAAUCACAAAGAUAGCAUUUUUAAUUGCAAAUUGUCACCUGUAUGUUUAAAAAUGGAAUAUUAAUUUUGACUAUUUUUUAGAACUUAGAGUUUUUGUAACCGUUCAUGCAUUUGAGGGUCAACAAACUAUUACAGCCUAAACUGAAUUACCUUCUAAAUUUGUUAUUUUUAAUUUUAGAUAUGACAAAUAUUUAGCUUCGUGAUGAUUAUAAGAAGAAGAAAAAAUCGUUUUAUUGAAACCAGUAACUCCAAUGCCGAUCUCAAAUUACAAGUAUCGAAAUAUGAGAAUGAAUGUUUCUUCACAACAACUUCUACAUGAAUUAGCAUUGAAAGCAAAUUGUAAUUAUAACCCUGAAAAGGAAGAAAUCAAAGAAUUAUCUACUGAGAAUAGUAUGCAAUGUCUGAAACACAAUGUAACGGAGAAAGACUUAGAAAAGACUGUCAUUAAUGGUCAAGCUCCUCUUGAGCAACAAGUUUUAAAUAAAAUUGUAUCUUCCCCAAAAGUCAGACGAAAUUUUAUACCCUACCCAGAUCAUAACUACGGCCAGCAACCGCCUUUAACCCCUCCUGCUGAAGAUGGGAAGGUUAUUUCAAUAAAAACUGAGUCUAUAGUAGAUAAAAAUUACAAGAAUGCAACUUCUACAGAAGAGGAACAGGAAGGAGUAACUAAAUGCAUAUGUGAGUUUGAGCACGAUGAUGGAUUUAUGAUUUGUUGUGAUGACUGCAGUACUUGGCAACAUGUUGAAUGCAUGGGUUUUAAAUCCAGUAAAGUUCCUGAAAAAUAUUCCUGCCAUAAAUGCAACCCACGGGAAUUGGAUAUUGAAAGAGCAAGAGCUAUCCAAACGAAAAAAAGAGAGACCAUGUCAGAAGGUGAUGAUGAAGGUGAAGAAGAUGACACAGGAUCUGAAGAUGAAGCAGGUAAAACUAUGUACACUGCAAUCUCAAAUACACCAACUAGAAUAACACUGCUUUCCAAUGGCAAUAAUCCUGCCGUACCAGCUGGUGUUGUGAAAGGUAGAAGUAAGAAAGGAACUCGUGUGCAAAAGAGAAAGCUUUCAGAUCAGCGUAAUACGCGAAGGAAAACAAGACGACGAGAGAAAAACGAUGGUGAUGCAAAUGUAGAGGAGCCGUUUUCAGACAGUAACUCACUGAAUAACUUUUUUGGUGCUCACAAACUCUAUGAGGAGAUCGAGGAAAACAAGUAUGACACAGAAUUUCAAAACAUGCAUUUCAAGCUGUUUGAGGCAAUACCAUCUAUUGACUUCAAAAACGUUGUGAAAUGUUGCACCGUGUCCGAUGUGACAUCAAAUCGAAAAGGGUUAAUCGCCUAUUGCGAUAUUUCAGCAGGAAAUUUUAUUCUCGAAUACAAAGGAACUCUUAUGUCUCGCCAAAGAUUUGAAGAACUUCAUCCAAUGUUUAAAGAGAGUUGUCCGUACGUUGUGAUGUACAGCAAAAUAAAAACUCUACAGUUGGUCAUUGACGCAAGGACUUAUGGAAACGAUGCUCGUUUUGUUCGUCGGUCUUGUACACCGAAUGCUGAGCUUCAACAUCUAACAGCCAACGGCGCAUUACAUGUGAUGAUAAUAAGUCAAGGCGACAUCAAAAAAGACAGUGAAAUCACAAUCCCAUUUGACUUUUCUCUUGACUCUUACAGAGGUUUUCUAGAAUGUGCUUGCAAUAAAGAAUUGUGUAGUGUUCGGUUGCACAACAUUGAGUGGAAAAAGACUAACAGUAUCGACCGCAAUGAAUCGAUACAACAACAGACAGUAGUAACCAACACGCUUGUUAAAAAUGAACUGCAAGAACUUCAAAUUGAAAGUGAAAGUGAUUCUAAUUUGAUAGGUGAUGAAUCGAAGCACGAGAAGUUGUCAAGGGAGGAGCGCAAAUUACAAGCUCUUGUAAGACAGUUUGAGAAAUUAGAGAAAAAACAGGACACCACAAAAAAACCGAAGACACCUAUAUUGAAGACUUCCAGUGUGGACGAGAACACGAUACCUGUAAUGGGUAUGAAGAAUAGUGUCGUGGUAAAAAAGUCAAACAAGAGAAAGAUGAGCAUGAGUGGAAGAAGGCGCACUCGACAAUCAAGCUGUUCUUCAGAACCGGUGUCGCCAGCCGAAAACGAAGGAGGAAGUGCCAUGUCUACACCAACCACGCCUUUAAGCAACUCUCAUCCGCAGACGUUAUUCGAAAACGCCCAACUGUUGCGCCAAAAAGGGCGGAAGGAGAAGGAACCACUUACUCUAACCUUACCCAUUCAACGCAAAUUUAAACAAGAUUGUGGAACAGUUAGUCCUACACCACCUUGUACGCCCAUCGGACUUCUUAGUCCUGCUCGUUCUAUAGGAGAACCUUCAGCUUUCUCGUUGUCGCUGGACACGCAUGCUCUUACACAGCUAGAGUCGACACCUUUGAAAGCUGGCUUAACUAACGGCCUACUACAGAUUGCGAACGUCCCCACCACUCCGUUUUCAACAUCUUUCUCAUCUACGCUGGGGAAUGUGACAGCCGAAGAGCGUAUGGGAGAUUUAACACUGAGGCUAGGCGAUUCCCAACCCUCAUCACCGGCGUCAAGGUUUCCCUUUUACACCAACGGACCGUCACAACGAAAAUAUUACGGAAGCUUGAAGAAACAUUGGCUACGUAAACAUUGCCAAGCAACGACACCAAUGUCGGCUGGUAAUUUACGGAAUGGCAUAUUCGUUAACGGCGAAAAACAAAUUUCGUUAGCAGCUUUGGUUGCCUCGAUUAGUCAAGAACAACAUGUUAAGAAUAUGAUAUCCGUUUUAAAUCCGACACCGGUCUUCAAACGACCACAAAGCUGUGUCCCACUAAAGAAGCGGCAUUUACUCAGAGCUGCACAACGCAAGGCGUGUAGCAAAUCAACCAAUCACACGUUACCGACUGACAUCACAGAAGACAAUAAGCUUCAUACAACGAAUCGAAAUCAUGUCAUGGUGAACGGUAAUGACGCCGAUGUUAAAACAGAGUGUAAAAAUAACUUACUGGCGAUACAAAAUGAAGCAAAGAGUCAGAGUAAUUCUUUAGAAUUAGUGACAGAAACUAUUAGUACAAAAACCCAUUCUUGUCCAGCGGAAGACGAAGAAAAACCUACGGUGCCGGAAAGUACUACACAUGACGAAAAUGUUUUCCCGGUUACCGAAAAUAUAAAUAGUGUAAAUAAACUCAGCGAAGAGGAAAAAAACAAUGACGUAACGAUGAUAGAAAGUGACGUAACUUUUAAAACUCCUUCGUUAAGUUCUUCUGAAACUUUGGUUAAGAAUGAUGCUGGGGAAAGUAAAAAGCGAACUUUAGAAACGGAGGAGAGCGAGUCAACAGCAAUGGACGAGCCUUCUAAUAAAAAGGCUUUCUUGGACGACUCAUUUGAUGAUGGUUCGGAUAUCGGUUUAAAAAUUGUGGUUACGGAAGCAUGUGUAGAAAAUAGCGCUGAAACGAACUCUUCAUCGACUUCUGUGUCGAUCUCUACUUCUUGUACGGAUGUUAAAAACACCGAACCUUUACCUCACACAGCACUAUCGACACUCCAAAAUAGGGCUGAACAGCCUUCACCGCGGAGUAGCAUAGAUAGUAAUCCUGAUGUAGAUUCUAUCAGCAAUGUCCCUGGUGGAGAGCAUGGAAGUGGUAGUGGAAAGAAAAAGCUUUCGUUCAAAGAAUAUCGCAACCGUAUACGUUCACAGAAGAUUUCAAAUAACGCUUCCUCAUCCCAACCCCCUUUACCUACUGAAGAAGUAAAACCACAACCUCCUCCGGACGCGCCUGUUUCGCCCGCACAAAGAAUGAACAAAGCAGCUGACCUGCUUCUCAUUCCGCGCACAGUUUCAUUACUCGGUACAGAUGCCAGCAAUGUAACAACAUCGAAGUCUCAGUCAAAUGAUUCUUCUGUGAGCAUUUCCUCCAAGCUGACUGUGCCGUCCGGAGAAUUGGCCACUAGUAAAGCAGGGAAGCUAAUCGACUCUGCGAAAAGACAGUCAUACGAAAGAACGCAAUCCACGAGUAGCAGUAAUAGCGUCUUUGAGCCUGUUAGUCCUGGGAACGAGUUUGACGCCACAAGCCCACGUGAAGACACGGCGUUUGGUCAUACCAUUCACACAGAGAUUACGAAGAAUCCUUUCACUAUACACAACGACAUAACCAAACACCCGUUCGGAAAGAAGCAAAACCAAGCUCCGGGUCUCCUACAGUAUCUGUCUGCGCAGAAAUACCCUCACUUAGCUACGUUAAAUAGUAACAGCGGUGGAGCGCAAGCCUCGUCUGGAAGUCAUUAUCGCGGAAAACAAUCGUCUGACUAUCAUUCUUCUGACGUAGUUGAAAACGACGACGACGCCUCGAGCACACAUUCGAACAUGUCAUCGACAUCAUACGGCAGUUCGUCGGACGUUUUACACGAUCGCGUGUAUUCUAAUCGCCCUCCAUACUCAAGAGAACACAACAAUCGGGAUUACGGCAGCCGAGAAUCUAGAGAGUAUUAUUCAAAUCCACCGCCUCACUCGCCUUAUACAGCGCCUUUAUAUUACCAGAACUACAACCAGCACAUGAAUUCAUCAAUGCCUCGACCAACUAAUUCACAACGUAAUAGUGGAUUUAAUAACUAUCACCCUCCACCAAGUCAUGCAUCACGGCCGCGUCCUCAUCGUCGUUAUCUUCCAUUUCAAUAAUAUUAUUUUAGAACGAAAUUGUGGAUGUGCGGCAGUAAGAAUAGAUGUUUUGGUGGCAGUUGUGUCCAAUGUCCACCCAUGGCGAAAAUAACAGAUAUUCUUUUAUUCCGAAUUUGCCUUACCCAAAGUCGUUCCUUUGCUUGAAUUUACCAUUCCUCAAUUUUGUCUUGCUUGCCCAGUUUUGUCUAUAAUACCCAAUUUUUGUGUGUGGUUUCUUGAGAAGUUUGUUAUUUUUAGACAUUUCAGCUCGUUUCUAAUUCUCGUUCAACGACGACUACUUUUUUUAAGAAUUCUAACUGUUCUGGUAACGUUGAAAUUUUAUAUUGCUAGCAACCUUGGUUCCACGAAAUUUUUAUUUUAACAUAAAAAUAAGUAUAAAAGGGGUUGAGACCAAGGUUGUUAUGAUAUCGUUCAAGAUGGUAGAAUAAUUUUUGUAUAUAUGCUUUUACCUUGUUGAAUGUUUAAUGUCGAACUUGUUAGGUUCGCAAUAUAUAUGGGGAAUACACUGUAUAUAAAGCUCUGUUUACA